AUGGAGAGCCAGAGAGUGUUGUCAUCCUACAGGAGGCGUUUUGGGGGCCAGGGGGCCGGCGGAGGGCGCACCGCCCUCUCCACCACCCGUUACACCCUCCACAGCAGCGCCCGCGCUCCCGCCAUGGCGCUCCAGGCCAGGUCCCUGCGCCUGUCCGGCAGGCCGAUGCUGCUGGCUGCCGGGGCCGAGCGGCUGGACUUCUCGGCCGACUCGCUGCUGAAGGCGCAGUUCCGCGAGACUCGCACCAACGAGAAGGUGGAGAUGAUGGGGCUGAACGACCGCUUCGCCAGCUACAUCGAGAAGGUGCGCUUCCUGGAGCAGCAGAACAAGAUGCUGGUGGCCGAGCUGAACCAGCUGCGGGGCAAGGAGCCCACGCGCCUGGGGGACAUCUACCAGGAGGAGCUGCGUGAACUGCGCAGGCAGGUGGACGGGCUCGGCGCAGGCAAGGCCCGCCUGGAGAUCGACAGGGACAACCUGGCUGCAGACCUGGACGAGCUCAAGCAGAAGUUGCAGGAUGAGAUGACCCUGCGCAUGGAGGCAGAGAACGGCCUGAACUCCUUCAGAGAGGACGUGGACGAGGCGGCGAUGAACCGCAUCCAGCUAGAGAGGAAGAUCGACGCCCUGCAGGAUGAGAUCAACUUCCUGAAGAAGAUCCACGAGGAAGAGCUCCGUGAGAUGCAGGAGCAGCUGAUGGCCCAGCAGGUGCAUGUCGACCUGGACAUAUCCAAGCCGGACCUGACAGCAGCGCUGAGAGACAUCCGGAUGCAGUACGAGGCCUUGGCCAGCACCAACGUGCAUGACACAGAGGAGUGGUACCGCUCAAAGUUUGCUGAUCUGGCCGAUGCAGCCAAUCGUAACGCGGAAGCCCUUCGACAAGCCAAACAAGAGGCUAAUGACUACCGGCGCCAGAUCCAGGUUCUGAACUGUGACCUGGAAGCACUCCGUGGAACUAACGAGUCUCUGGAACGGCAGCUGCGAGACAUGGAGGAUCACUUUGAACUGGAGACGAACAACCACCAGGAUAACGUGGCCCGGCUGGAGGAGGACAUCCAGACCCUGAAGGAGGAGAUGGCCCGCCACCUGCAGGAAUACCAGGACCUGCUCAACGUCAAGCUGGCCCUGGACAUCGAGAUCGCCACCUACCGCAAGCUGCUGGAGGGGGAGGAGACCCGAAUCACUGUCCCAGUGCAGAGCUUCUCCAACCUCCAGUUCAGAGAGACCAGCAUGGACACCAAGCUCUCCCCCGAGGCCCACGUGAAGAGGAGCAUCCUGGUGCGAACUGUGGAGACAAGAGAUGGGGAGAUUAUUAAGGAGUCCAUGACCGAGAGGAAGGACUUGCCCUGACUGCCUGCUCCAGAAUACAGUCAUGGCCAUCUCUCUGACACUCCCCUCUAACACCUGAUUGCUGUGGACUUCGC